GGUCUGCUGUGUGUAUCCUGCUCGUUACUCAUCUGAAGUGGAGGAAGAGAUGCUGGCAGGCAGAGGCAGCAAGGCAAGGUGCUCAUCUGACGCGCUGACGUCACCAGAUCUUUGACAGCACUUCCUGGAGUGGUGUUUGUUGUGGGAAAUAAACGCCGUGGUGCUGAAACCCGGGGGGGGGGACAUUUCAGACUACAUUAACGGCAGAAGGAGGGCACACACAGACCACCACGAUAUCUCACCGUCAAGCAUGUGGCCGCGGCCGCUUUCGACCACCGGUGUCAGAUAAGAGAGAAGAAGUGACGGCUGAGGCUGAGGACGGACGAGGUGGAAAUAUACCCCGGACAGCCUGCAGAGCAGAGCAGAGCACAGCCGCCGACAGCACGGAGUUGUCGCGAUGUUGUAGCCAAACCAUGGACAGCAGAAUAAAGGAGUAUCCAGAAAGAACAUUUGAUCUGGUUCUACAGGUGGCAUGUCCAACAUCUGAAAAUGAGGAUCCAACCGUGCUGUGGAGCUUCCCCCAGGACCACACAGACCAGGAGGUCCUUCAGACAAUACCAAAGUUCUGCUUUCCCUUUGACGUGGAAAGGGUUUCCCACAAUCAGGUGGGGCAGAAUUUCACCUUUGUGCUGACGGACAUUGACAGCAAACAGAGGUUUGGUUUCUGUCGACUCACUCAAGGCUGCCGGGUCUGCAUAUGUCUGCUCAGUUAUCUACCAUGGUUUGAGAUUUACUACAAGUUGCUAAAUACUCUGGCAGACUACCUAACAAAACAACAGGAAAAUGACUUGAAUGACAUGCUGAAUUCUCUCUAUGAUCUGCCUGUGCCAAAGCCCUUCACGCCAGUCAACCUGAGUGUGAAUGAGCAGUUGUAUAUUGCCACUGGGCAAGUACUGAGAGAUCGGCGAAGCAAGGAGCCGCACUCCUACUUCAUCGCCCCGGAUAUCAAUGGACUGCCAACUAUCCCUGAGAGUAGGAACCUGACAGAGUACUUUGUGGCUGUGGACGUCAACAACAUGCUCCAGCUCUUCGCCAGUAUGCUGCAUGAACGGCGCAUCAUCAUUACCUCAAGCAAGCUUAGCACUUUAACUGCAUGUGUCCAUGGUGCGGCUGCUCUGCUCUUUCCAAUGUACUGGCAGCACAUCUUCAUCCCUGUGCUGCCCCCGCAUCUUCUGGACUACUGCUGUGCCCCCAUGCCAUACUUUGUGGGAGUUCAUCUUAGUCUGCUGGAGAGAGUACGCAGCCGAUCACUGGAGGAUGUGGUCAUUCUGAAUGUGGACACCAACACCCUGGAGAGUCCCUUUGAUGACCUGCACAACCUGCCCAGUGACGUGGUGUCCUCUCUCAAGAGCAAGCUGAAGAAGCAGUCAACAGCCACAGGAAGUGGUGUGGCGAGGGCCUUCAUGAGAGCGCAGGCCGCUCUGUUUGGAUCCUAUCGAGAUGCCCUCAGAUAUAAGCCUGGGGAGCCAAUCACUUUCUGUGAGGAGAGCUUUGUGAACCAUCGCUCGAGCACCAUGAGGAACUUCCUGUCCAUGGCUGUCAACCUGCAGCUCUUCAAACAGUUCAUCGACGGACGGCUGGCCAAAUUGAACGCAGGCCGUGGCUUCUCCGAUGUGUUUGAAGAAGAGAUCACAGAGGGGGGCUUCUGUGGAAGUAAUUCAAGAUCUUACCAGCAAUGGAUGCAGAGAGGAGGAGCACUCUUCAACACAGCUGUGACAAAGGCCAAGAGUCAUGCCAAGAGGGGCAUCCGGGACAUUAAGGGCAGACUUAAAGCAAGGGAAGAAGAAGAAGAAGGGAUACCGGUCUGUGCAGGGUCUCCCACCAGCACCAAGAGCCUGUCUCCAAGGAGACUGCAGAAGAUGAGACGGCAAAACUUCAACAAGUCUCCCAUGAGCAUGGGCCCUCGAGAUCUUGGAUACGGGCUCGAUGAUGACGAGUUGGACAAUGCAAGCAAGAUCUCCUCAGAAGACAGCGGGGACGUCCCUUCGUACACUGAAGACAGCGAUGAUUCGUACUCACUGGAUCUCGACAUCGACUCCUCCAACUCAGGCCAGAUGAACCUGCUGGAGGAAAUCCUGGACUCUCUGAACACCACAACGGUGGAACAAGGCAAACUCAGCGCUGCCAAGAGCCUGGACUUCUUCAGGUCCAUGGAAGAUUUAGACUACAAGACCCCGAGCAAGCCCACAACUUCCAGAGAGUCUGAACCAGCAAAUGAGAGUAGCUGUGGUGGAGGCGGGGAUCAGGGCAGCUGGAACAUGGGCCAGGAUGACAGCGCAGUCCAUGGAAAACACCUUCCCCCGUCCCCACGCAGACAGCCUAACAAGAUCAGCCUGAAGGUGUCAAAGAAACCAGCGACAUCUCAGGCAGUGCCCAUCAUCACAGCUACACCUCCAGCCCAGGACGCUGGCGUCUCCGAGUCACGUCCUCAUCAACUCAACUCUGACCCUUACCCUCUACCUCCAGGACGACAACCAGGAGACCGCUUUUCCUACUCGCCGUCAAUGUCUGAUAGAGUCACACCCACACCAACAUCUUCAACUCUCUCUCACACCUACUCGUCUCCAGCAGACUAUUCUCCUGCACCAGCAUGCCGGUCUCGGACCAUCUCAGACCCACAAGCCAGCACAGAGCAUCUCCAGACCCAGAACCAGACAGCCUCCACCAGCAUCCUGAGGAGGAAGGUGCUGUCCAAGGAGACAGUGAGGCAUUACCAGGAAAAGGCCCUCCAGAGGCAGGGCAGCAAGGGCCAUCAGGAGGGUCAGGGGGGCCCAGCAAGGGACAGCCAUUCAGCUAUGCAGAUCCCAUGGGAUAAAGAGGUGUCCAAGGAGGGGCUCCUGGGGCUGUGUCUAGGUCAGGGUAAAGGCUCGGGGGCGGCUGUGGUGCAGGAUCAAGGCCUCCUCGAGGAGAUUGAGUCCAUGUGUUGCCUCAGCCCGGUCCUACAAACCAGCCUGCAGCUGUCACAGGUUCACUGCAACAACAGCCACCACCAGGUCCAAGGCAAAGCCACAGACGAGUCGUAGGGACGUCAAAGACUCUGUGUCUGUAAAACGCCAUAGGUUCUACUGAAAUUUAUUCACUUUAAAUCUUCUAUUACAAUUAGCCAGGUUCUGAACUUUUUUUUUUUAUCUCAACACUGAACUAUCAGGAAAAAUUUGAGUACAAACAGCCUCAAGAACAGGAAACAGGAAGAGGUGAACUUUGUAGUGCAUAACUCAUCUUUCACAGCCAUUUCUGUGUAAAAUAGAGCCCUAAAAACUUGAAAUCUGCCACUGUAGUAAGAAUUUUCUUGAACAUCUAUAUGUUGGUACCAAAAAAAUUAUAAAUACCACAUCACAUGGCUUAGUUUAUAAGGUUUAAAUGUCUUAAAAGAAGUGAAUUAUCUCAUGAACUUAAAGAAACAAACUGAGGCCACAGUAUUGAGAUUUAUUUUUGUGUGUGUGCCGUGAAAGAUUUUUCACUUGCUUUAAGAAAAUACAAAUUUAUGAAAUCGAUAACAAACAAAAAAAGACUUGAUAAGAAGUAGGUUUUUGCAGUGUGUGUACUGCUGCUCCUCAUCAUAUUUCUGUCUGUAAUCGUCUAAAUUCAUAGAUAACAUGUCCUCACAACAUUUUCAAAAUGUAAUACUUGCAACAAAGAUCCAUGAAUUACACUUUGGGUAAAACCUAAGCAGCCCACAGGUAAUGGAAGAAUUUCCUGUCUUUGCUUAAAGGAAUUUAGAAAAGUCUGAGAACUUUUUCAGGAUUAAGAAGGGAUGAUAUCUCCUCGACACAACAUUACAGUGCUGUAGUCACUGUGUUCCAAACAUUUCACGUGAUCAAAUUAAGUUUGCACUUGUAGAUAGAUGUAGUCUUGAUCAUCUGGUACUGAAAUCAUUUGAGCAACAACAACAACAAAGCUAGACAGAACUUUCUAGACGCAAAGUCCGCAUCGGGCCUUCCAGACUAAUUAUACACUGUGUAAUUAUAAAUGCAUUCUUUUAAUCACCAUGCCUUAAAUGGACGUGAUUUGUUUUUGAUACGCUGGUGUCUUAAUCUAUAGAUACUAUAACAGGUAAUUAGAUAUUCUCAGAUAAACGCAACAGUUAAACAGCACUGUAUUUCUCUGGAUUAAUAGAAUAGUUAAUAAAUAUAAAUAUGUGUAUUUUAAAAUGCAUUCCAGGUGAUGACGUGCAUGUAGAUACCUCUGUCUCUCUCCUCUCUGUGUGUUCAGGAAGAGCAAACACAGUGAAAAGUUGAAGUGGAUCAUCUUUAAAUGCCAGUAUCAGUGCUCCAUGUGCUCUUCUUUCUCUUGUUCCACCAUCAUCACUCUUCCCCUCAUGUUGUUUCUCCUUAUUUUCUGUCUUUUUAGUCUUCUUUCAGCACAUCUAACCAUCACUCUCGACCUUAACUAUGGUGGCCAGGUGUUGCAGAGCUAAUAUGGUUUGGAGAGGAUGAGACAAAUGUGAACUUCACGGGAUAAGGCUGGUGAUAUUCCGUGUUUUCUUAUUGUUGACAAAUACCAUAAAACAAUACGUUAAUUAUUUCUCCCCAUGACUUACAUAACUAUUUGUUUCUACCGAAAACAAAAAUAGGUUUAGUUUCAGUUCUAAAAUAAUAGUCUGUAAUAAUAGUAGAUAAUACAUUUGUUGGGGUCUUUUUUCAGCCACAGAUUGCCUGUCAAUAGAAUGAUCCUUGAUCCUUUUAUAUUAUUUGUUCAUAUUAAGAAAGAUAUCACCAGACUUAUCACAUAACUCAGUCUUCUUUUCUUUGCUCACAGGAGGAAAUGCAAUCUCUGUCCUUCUAGGUUAGAGUCACACACUGAAAUGUAAUGCAGUGGUUCAUGAUUGUACUGUAAUGAAGCAAUAUGGUUCUCCUCAGAGAGUAGCUACACGGAUGUAAUGUGUACAGAGUCAAAAGUAUUUCUAUAACAGACUCUCCUGUGGAGAGACGUGCCCACAUCCAGAGAUUGUGGGUUCCCAUCAUUCUCUGCGCCGCCACAAACCCAGAGAAAAGAAGAAAGCUUUUUCAUGUGCUUGUGUUGGGAUUAUUACAUUUAUGGUUCGUUGUUCUCAUGAUUUAUGCCAGACGCCAGUCGGUGUGGCAGUUUAAUAGCAGCUAUUUCUCCGCUUUUUGAGUGCUGCUCUGCGUUAACGAUAUGCUCAUAAAGUCUUUGGCGUGCUUCUAAAAGCCCAGGAAUCAGUCUUAGUAAUUCCAAAAAAAGGAGGAGAAAAAAAAAACAGACUCCAGAACAAUCUCUGUACUGGCCUUAUUCAUUGUAAACACUUUAAAAAACUUAUUUACUAUGCAAAUAUUUAAAAUGAUCAAAAUGGACAGUUUCCUUUAAGAGUAAUGUCAUUAUAAUGCACGAUUCUACUUAAAGAAUAAUCACAAUCAAGCUAGUUUCUAGUGGGUGCAAGCCUCACGUGUCCAUAAAUAAAUAAAUAAAAGUCUAUUUAACUGUGUGUGAGCUGAGGUGUGUCUAUGAGUGUUAAUGGAAAUGUGUGUAUGGUGUGCCUUAUACAGUAAGAGUAUCACCCAGUAUAAUCAGAACAAGGUACAGUAUUAUAGAAAGAAGAUGUAUGCAAUGUUUUCAGACCACCUUAAAUCACAGUCAGGAUCAGCAUUAUGGUAUUUAUGUGAUAAACAGACGCAAAACCUGUUUUGGUCCUUAGAAACUGACCUGAAAUGAACUUGGGUACUGGCAUUGUUUUUACAGCCGUUUUGUUUUUGGGUUUCGGCUUCAGUCCAGCUGGAGUUACUCAGUGUUUUUCUUUACCGCGGUGGUCGGUGGGAAUCUUCCUGCCUGUAUUUAAGUGAGGAUCUCUGAAUUUCUCUGGGUUCUUUGACUUUUUGUAAAUUAGGUACUUUCUUUUGGUUGUACUAAUAAGUGAUUACAUGUAUUGUUUUUGCUCUUUCUUUCUUUUUUUGUUUUUUUUUCUAAAAAAAAAAAAAAAACUUUGAACACUCGUUCUGAGGUAACUGUAUUGAAAAAGAAAAAAAAACAUUUCUCAGAGGAGUUUCUCCAGUUGAUUUCAUAUUGAUGAAAAUUUAUUUUCAACUAAAUAGACGUGUAUUUUUGCUGGCUUGAAUUUAUUUUACAUGGAUAAUAUAUGAUUGGUGUUGUAUGUUGUAGAAAAAUGACACCUAAUAUUUGAAUGUUUUAGAUUUUAUUUUUGGAAGAAAAAAAAAUGGAGAGAUAAUAUUAACAAAACGUCCCAUGUAGCCAUUCAUGUUCAGAAGCAUUUGACACCUUCUAAUCAAAAAAGAGCAAAGACUGACGCUUGCUUGUACAUGGUACAAUGCUUAUUGUUGUAUCUGCAUGUAUGUACCUUUAUGUGUUGUAAUACUUUGACUUUAAUUUUACAGAUGUGGACUAUUCUGUUGGUAUUAAUUAUUAUUUUCAGUAUUUCGUACUUCCAUCAGAUCCAGAACGAUGGAAUUAACAUUGCCUUGCAUUGGGUGUUGUAGAGUCAUCUGCCUUGCAUUUAACAAAGAAGGAAACAUUUCUGCUUUGGUUACUGGCUACUGUAAAUCUAACCGUAGAGGUUUGAGGGGAGAAAUACUUGAGCAGUCAGCUGCUGUUAAGAGUGAUAUUAAAAGCUUUAGUAUCUCUGCUCCCGUUUACACUAAUGUUGUACAACAAUGAAGAAAUGAUUGUCAGGGGAUUUGCAUUUCAAUGUCUGCAGGCUUGUGAUACCUUAUACUCUGCUAACAAUAGAGUGUAAAGUAAUCAUAUAAAGUAAAUAUAUAUAAUUGUCCUGAAAUUACCAAUUUGGAGUGAGUGGGAGGUGACAGAUUAUGUAGCAGCUUUAACUGAGGUACUAUGGAGUGAGAAGACAGGAUCCAAUUAACAAGAUAUUAGCAUCACUUCCCUAUUAGCCGCACAUUUGAAGAGGCGCGUGUUCAAUGUAGUGACAAUCUUGGACAAGUUACAGUUAGCAACUUCUUUUCUUUUUUUUUAUUUUAUUUCACUUAAUUUUUUAGGUAUUGUAAUGAUGAUUAACUCUUCAGUAUGCCAUCUACUGAUUUUUCUGAUUCUGUGCACACUUGCAUGUUCUGCAGAGAAAACAACAGUCUUAAACAACUGAGGUCAAUCUAAUGUGCUAUUCAUGAGUAACUUGGUACAACUGCACAUAAUGUAUGCACUGUGAACUGAAAAUAAAUUAUACUGUUUCAUGCU